AUGGCUGUUGCAACUGAAAAUAUUGCUAGUCAAUUAGCAAAAUUACAUAUUGAAGAGCCUGAAAAGUUAGAAGGUUCCUUCCCAGAAGUUAAUGUGGUCGAUUUAAUGAGAAACUACAUUGCUGUGGAACUGUCUAAGAUCUCCGGUGUUGACAAGUCCUUAAUCUACCCAGCUUUGGAAUGGACCAACACAAUGGAAAGAGGUGACUUGCUGAUCCCUGUGCCAAGAUUAAGAAUCAAAGGUGCAAACCCAAAAGACCUAGCUUCUGAAUGGGCUGAAAAAUUCCCAUUAGGUGAAUUUUUAGACAAAGUCGAGGCCAAUGGUCCAUUUUUACAAUUCUUUUUCAAUCCAACCUUCUUAAACAAAGUAGUUAUCCCAGACAUUUUAACAAGAAAAGAUGACUACGGUUCUUGUAAAUUAGUGGAGAACAAAAGAGUUAUUGUAGAAUUCUCCUCUCCAAAUAUUGCUAAACCUUUCCAUGCUGGCCAUUUGAGAUCCACUAUUAUUGGUGGGUUUAUUUCCAACUUAUAUGAAAAAUUGGGGUGGGAUGUUAUUAGAAUGAAUUAUUUAGGUGAUUGGGGUAAACAAUUUGGUCUUUUGGCUGUCGGUUUUGAAAGAUACGGUGAUGAAGAAAAAUUGGCUACUGAUCCAAUUCAUCAUUUAUUCGAAGUCUAUGUCAAGAUCAACAAAGAUAUUGAAGAUGAAGGCGAUUCCUUACCAUUAGAAGACUCUACAAAUGGUAAAGCCCGUGAAUAUUUCAAGAAAAUGGAAGAUGGGGAUCCAGAAGCUUUAAAGAUUUGGAAAAGAUUCCGUGAAUUAUCUAUUGAAAAAUACAUUGACACUUAUGCUAGAUUGAACAUUAUAUAUGAUGUCUAUUCUGGUGAAUCUCAAGUCUCUAAAGAAUCUAUGGAGAAAGCCCUACAAAUUUUCAAGGAAAAGAACUUAACUCAUGAAGAUAAGGGUGCUGUUUUAAUUGAUUUGACCAAAUUCAAUAAGAAAUUAGGUAAAACAAUUGUCCAAAAAUCUGACGGUACUACUUUAUAUUUAACUAGAGAUGUCGGAGCCGCCAUGGAUCGUUAUGAAAAGUAUCAUUUUGACAAGAUGAUCUAUGUUAUUGCUACACAACAAGAUUUACAUACUGCUCAAUUUUUUGAAAUCUUGAAACAAAUGGGUUUUGAAUGGGCUAACACAUUACAACACAUUAAUUUCGGUAUGGUCCAAGGUAUGUCCACCAGAAAGGGUACUGUUGUCUUUUUAGAUAACAUCUUAGAAGAAACAAAAGAAAAGAUGCACGAAGUUAUGAAAAAGAAUGAAACUAAAUAUGCACAAAUCGAAAACCCAGAAGAAGUUGCUGAUUUGAUUGGUAUUUCCGCUGUUAUGAUCCAAGAUAUGCAAUCCAAACGUAUCAACAACUAUGAAUUCAAAUGGGAAAGAAUGUUAUCUUUUGAAGGUGACACUGGCCCAUAUUUGCAAUAUGCUCAUUCUAGAUUAAGAUCUGUGGAAAGAAAUGCUAAAGAUAUCACUCCUGAUAAGUGGUUAAAGGCUGAUUUCUCUUUACUAACCGAACCAGCUGCUGUUUUAUUAAUCAGAAUAUUAUCUCAAUAUCCAGAUGUUUUGAGAAAUGCUAUGAGAACCAGUGAACCAGCCACCGUGGUCACUUAUCUAUUCAAAUUAACUCACCAAGUAUCUUCUUGUUACGAUGUCUUAUGGGUUGCUGGUCAAACUGAAGAAUUAGCUACAGCUCGUCUUGCCUUAUACGCUGCCGCUAGACAAGUAUUAUACAAUGGUAUGCGUUUGUUAGGUUUAACUCCAGUUGACAGAAUGUAA